AUGGGCUCGGAGAUGGAGCCGCUGCUCCUGGCCUGGAGCUAUUUUAGGCGCAGGAAGUUCCAGCUCUGCGCGGAUCUAUGCACGCAGAUGCUGGAGAAGUCCCCUUAUGACCAGGAACCGGAUCCUGAAUUGCCAGUGACUCAGGCAGCUUGGAUUUUGAAGGCACGGGCACUCACUGAAAUGGUAUAUGUAGAUGAAAUUGACGUGGAUCAGGAAGGAAUUGCAGAAAUGAUGCUGGAUGAAAAUGCUAUUGCUCAAGUUCCACGCCCGGGAACAUCCUUGAAACUGCCUGGAACUAAUCAGACAGGAGGGCCUAGUCCAGCCAUCAGGCCAAUCACUCAAGCUGGAAGGCCCAUUACAGGUUUCCUUAGACCCAGCACACAGAGCGGAAGGCCUGGCACUAUGGAACAGGCCAUCAGAACACCUAGAACUGCCUACACAGCUCGCCCAGUCACCAGCACAACUGGAAGAUUUGUCAGGCUGGGAACGGCUUCCAUGCUUACAAGUCCUGAUGGACCUUUUAUAAAUUUAUCUAGACUGAAUUUAACAAAAUAUGCCCAGAAACCUAAAUUGGCAAAGGCUUUGUUUGAAUAUAUCUUUCAUCAUGAAAAUGAUGUUAAGACUGCUUUGGACUUGGCUGCCCUCUCCACAGAGUACUCUCAGUACAAGGACUGGUGGUGGAAAGUGCAGAUUGGAAAGUGUUACUACAGGUUAGGAAUGUAUCGUGAAGCAGAAAAACAGUUUAAAUCAGCCCUGAAGCAGCAGGAAAUGGUAGAUACAUUUCUCUACUUGGCAAAAGUUUACGUCUCAUUGGAUCAGCCAGUGACGGCUUUAAAUCUUUUCAAACAAGGCUUAGAUAAGUUUCCAGGAGAAGUAACCCUACUUUGUGGAAUUGCCAGGAUCUAUGAGGAAAUGAGCAAUAUUUCAUCAGCAGCUGAAUACUACAAAGAAGUUUUGAAACAGGACAAUACUCAUGUGGAAGCCAUUGCAUGCAUUGGAAGCAACCACUUUUACUCUGAUCAACCAGAAAUAGCUCUCCGGUUUUACAGGCGGCUCCUGCAGAUGGGUGUCUAUAACUGCCAGCUUUUUAACAAUCUGGGACUCUGCUGCUUCUAUGCCCAGCAGUAUGAUAUGACUCUGACCUCAUUUGAACGUGCCCUUGCUCUGGCUGAAAACGAAGAAGAGGCAGCUGAUGUCUGGUACAACUUGGGACAUGUGGCUGUGGGCAUCGGAGAUACGAAUUUGGCCCAUCAGUGCUUCAGGCUUGCUCUGGUCAACAACAAUAACCACGCUGAGGCCUACAACAACCUGGCCGUGCUGGAGAUGCGGAAGGGCCACGUGGAGCAGGCAAGAGCACUGUUACAAACUGCCUCAUCCUUAGCACCGCAUAUGUACGAGCCACAUUUUAAUUUUGCAACGAUCUCUGAUAAGAUUGGAGAUCUCCAGAGAAGCUAUGUUGCUGCUCAGAAAUCUGAAGCAGCAUUUCCAGAUCAUGUGGAUACCCAACAUUUAAUUAAACAGUUAAAGCAGCAUUUUGCUAUGCUCUGA